AUGGCCUCGCAUUCAGACCUCUCUCACCUUCUCCCUGCCGCGCGAUUGCGCCAACUGGCCCGCGACUGGCUGCAAGAAGACGCUCCCGGCUUUGACUAUGGAGGCUACGCUGUGGGUGACCGACAGGAACGGGCCGUGCUCCUCUGCAAGUCCCCCGGGAUCUUGGCUGGCUUUCCUUUCUUCGAGGCCACCUUUGCUGAGGUGGGCUGCUCCGUGGAGUGGUUCCAACCAGAGGGAGCGUGGGUAGAACCAAUUACUCGGGUGGCCGAAGUUCGUGGGCCAGUGAAAGAUCUCUUGCUGGGCGAGCGGGUGGCUCUGAACUGUGUGGGACGGUGCAGCGGCAUUGCCACGUUGGCGGCAAAGGCGUGCCGGGCAGCACAAGCAGCUGGCUGGCAUGGAGAGGUGGCUGGAACCAGAAAGACCACGCCUGGGUUCCGUCUCCCUGAAAAAUACGCCCUCCUAGUGGGCGGAGCUUCCUGCCACCGUUAUGAUCUGGGGAGCCUCAUCAUGUUGAAGGAUAACCACGUGUGGGCAUCGGGCAGCAUCACACAAGCUGUCCAGAAGGCCCGGCGUGUUGGAGGCUUUGCCCUGAAGAUAGAAGUUGAGUGUCGCUCACUGGAAGAGGCGGUUGAAGCAGGAGAAUGUGGGGCCGAUAUUGUCAUGUUGGACAAUUUUACUCCUGAGGAGCUGCACCCCACAGCCAGCACCUUAAAGGCCUCCUUUCCUCACGUGACCUUAGAAGCCAGUGGAGGAAUCACUGAGGAUAACCUGGCCAAGUUUGUGGGACCCAAUAUUGACGUGGUCUCACUCGGUUGCCUCACCCAGUCAGCCACGGCGGUAGAUUUCUCCCUCAAGGUCUGCCGAGACCCGGCUUCCAAGCCGCCUGUGCGGAAUUUCGUCUUCUGA